UCCACCGUCCACCGUCCACCAUCCACCCAGCCUCUCGCUGAAGACGAUGGCGACAAUGUGACCGCUGGACCCGGUCAGCGCCAUGUGACCUGCUGUGAUGGAUCUGAGAAGCAGCAUACAUUGAAUCGACGCUCAUCCAGUCACAAUGGUCCCGCUUCUGUUCCUGGCGGCGACCACAACAACUUCCAAUUCGACCGGCAAUGGCAACCAUACACAAGAAGACGUUACAUCCCCCAGCAACCACAUCCUCCCCACCGUGCUGGUCCUGUCCCUGCUGCUGCUCAUCUUCGCCCUGCUUGCCUGGUACUUCCUCAGGUUAAAAAACCAGAAAAAACCUGUCGUCACAACAGUUGACAAGAAGAUACCAAAUGGCAUCCUGGAGGAACAAGAGUUUGGAUACAGUACAGAGUCGUUAUACACCACUGUGCCCCCAGAGCAACAGACGGUGGUGCUUCUGCCUAGAUCCCCCUCGGCCUCCAAGACCUUCAUCCCCAUCCUAGUGGACCAGCUCGAGGAGGAGUACAGGCUCCGCUCUGCGGAUGAUGGCAAGCUCUUCAGGGAGGAGUACAACUCUUUGCCAGGGGGUAAUGUCAAUGGAACGUACGAGGAGGCCAACAAGGACGACAACAAGGAGAAGAACCGAUACCCCAACAUCCUUCCCUAUGAUCAUUCCAGAGUGGCGUUGACUCUGCUGGAUGGAAAUCCCUGUUCGGACUAUGUGAACGCCUCUUACAUUGAUGGUUACACGGAAAAGAACAAAUUCAUAGCAGCACAAGGUCCCAAAGACGACACCGUUGCAGAUUUCUGGAGGAUGAUAUGGGAGCUAAAAGUAGCGACGGUUGUUAUGCUGACGAAUCUGAAAGAAAGGAAAGAAGACAAGUGUUGCCAGUACUGGCCAGAUCAGGGCUGUUGGACCUAUGGGAACGUGAGGGUGGCAGUAGAGGACUUCACUGUCCUGGUGGACUACACCAUACGCAAGUUCUGUGUGCAAUAUCAAGCCAGCGACGCCGCCAAGACUCCCCGGCUGGUGACCCAGCUCCACUUCACCAGCUGGCCCGAUUUUGGAGUUCCCUUCUCCCCGAUCGGCAUGCUCAAGUUCCUCAAAAAGGUCAAGGCCGUGAAUCCACCCUUCUCCGGGCCCAUUGUGGUCCACUGCAGCGCUGGUGUCGGGAGGACGGGAACCUUCAUCGUAAUAGAUGCCAUGAUCGACUUGAUGUACGCCGAGCAGAAAGUCGACGUGUUUGGUUGCGUCUCCAAGAUACGGGAACAGCGCUCGCAGCUCGUCCAGACAGAUAUGCAGUACUCAUUCAUCUACCAGGCCCUGCUUGAAUACUACCUCUAUGGAGACACGGAGCUGGACGUGUCAUCUCUGGAAGGACAUCUGCACAAACUCCACAACACCUUUGCGAGCGGUGACCGGGUCGGCCUAGAGGAGGAGUUCAAGAAACUGACAAACAUGCGAAUAAUGAAGGAGAACAUGAGAACGGGGAACCUCCCUGCAAACAUGAAGAAGAACAGAGUCCUGCAAAUUAUUCCAUACGACUUCAACAGAGUUAUUCUCUCCAUGAGGAGAGGCCACGAGUUCACCGAUUACGUCAACGCAUCUUUCAUAGAUGGCUACAGACAGAAGGACUACUUCAUUGCCACGCAGGGCCCGCUGCCACACACGGUGGAGGAUUUCUGGAGGAUGGUGUGGGAAUGGAAAUGUCACUCCAUCGUCAUGCUCACUGAGCUCCAGGAGAGGGAGCAGGACAAAUGUUGUCAGUACUGGCCCCCAGAGGACUCGGUCACGUACGGAGACUACACAGUAGAGCUGAAGGGAGACAACUUGUGUGACACCUUCAGUCUACGAGACUUGGUACUCACCUUUGUCCCGGAGAAGCAGACGAGGGUGAUCCGGCACUUCCACUUCCACGGCUGGCCAGAGAUCGGCAUCCCGGCCGAGGGGAAGGGCAUGAUCGACAUCAUCGCCUCGGUGCAGAGACAGCAGCAGCAGUCUGGGAACCAUCCCAUCGUCGUACACUGCAGUGCUGGUGCAGGGCGAACAGGUACGUUCAUUGCACUGAGCAAUAUCUUGGAGCGGGUCAAGGCAGAAGGCCUGCUGGACGUGUUCCAAACUGUGAAGAGUUUACGCAUGCAGAGGCCUCAUAUGGUCCAGACUGUGGAACAGUAUGACUUCUGCUACAGGGUGGUACAAGACUUUGUUGACAUUUUCUCAGACUAUGCCAAUUUCAAAUGACGAGAUUUGCCUUAAACGCGGUUUUUAAUGUUUGUUUUCUAAAGCUGGUUUGUGUUUCUUUAACUCGGUCAAAUGAUCUUCUAUUUUGCUAUGCACUUGUUCCACGAUUAACUCCAACGCCAUCCACGCUGUAAUAUAGUGUAUGUCGGUGAAUGAAAAAUUGUAAAUGGAAAAAAAGUUAGAUUAAUAAUGUAUAUUUCACAUCAUGUAUGAUAAUUAUUUUGUCAUGAAGUGAUUCAGACAUGGUCUCUUAUUUCAGUUUUAUUGUAUAAUAAUGUACUUUAAAUGUUUAUCUGAGUGUUAUUUUCGAUUGACCAUGUAAUAUUUUUGAAAGUUGUAGUUAUUGUAAAUGUAUUUAUGUAUUGACCAUGACAUUCCAGUCUGUUGCGUUUGGAGAACACACGGGGAAUGUUAAGAUAUGGGUUUGUUUAUUUGUUGUCGCUGUCGUCAUUUUUAAAUACAUCCAUUUAUUGAGGACUUCUGUUUGAGAUCGGAGGUGAUACUAAAACUAUUUUCUAUUGUCCUCGAGCUACAUGCCCAUCACGAAUGUGAUCUUGUCAGAAGAAUAAGUGAAUGAUCACUUGAGCCAUAAUGCGGAAAACAAAGUUAUGCAACAAAGGCUGAGGUGGAUUUCCAAAAUAGAUUCAGGCAGAAGUUUCACAGUUAGAUGUUUGACAGGGUCAUGCAAGGGACCAUUAAACUGGUGUUUGUACCUCAACAUGUGGUAUGCAAUUGCAAUUUGACGUGGGUGUAAUGUCACUACAGUCUGCCUUUUUGUCUGUAGACAACAACAAAAAAGUAUUUUGCUAAAACGACUGCACAUCAGAAAGCACAUAACAAAGCCUUUUGCCAAGAACAUGCAAUAUUUAUUGCUUUAUUUGUAUUAUAGAUUAGAGAUUUUUCACAAAGCAUCGCCAAUGUACCUUCUUUUUUUUUUUUUUUAAAGACGUGGAACAGUGGAACAACUAUGAACUGAAAGUUGAGCACUGACAGGUGCUGAAUAGGAAACGGUAAGUGUGGUCGCUAAGUGCAGUAAAGUCAGUACAACCUCAUGACGACCUGCGUCACGUAUCGUUAAUACACAGGAAUGUAUUAAGUAUAACAUUAGAUAAUAGCAGAAACCACAAUGCAAGAGCAGCAAAAAGAACAUCCCAUACUAACAAUGUUUCAGUUACAUGUUAUUAAAAAAAAAAAAUGGGUUCAGUAAAGGUUCAGGUAUUUGAAUGUGAUGAACCGUUCCUGUGAGGCAGUUUAAGUCGCAUCCGUCUGGUACUCCGACAUUAAACCAAACAAUUGGGAUAAAUCCGACCCCAGCUCCGCUUUGAUCCUCAUUGAAAUGCAUAAUUUUGUUGAUGCUGUAUGUAAAUACUACAUGACAAAGUGCUAACAUUGUGAACGUCGCUGAGCAACGAGGAACUGUCAAGUGAUCGGUCAUGUUCUCUGUGCUGUGGGAGAUGUGAGGCGCAGCACAAGAAGAAACAGACUUUCAAAAAACUGAGUCUGAUUUCCCAUGGCUUCGAUUCUUUUACAAAUAUUGAAGAGGGUCUGUUUAGACUACAGCUCUUUGCCUUUGCUCUCUCGCUCUCUCUGUGGGUGUUCUAUCCCCUUUUUGAAUUCUCAAUGUCUUUGAAAUGCAAGUUGCAAUAUUAAAUUCAUCUGAAAUUG